UCUACCUCAAGUUGCCCAUUAAUUCGACAAACUGAUAGGGCCCCUUCACCUGUGAAGGAACAUUCUCCUCGCAGCAUUGUACAUGGAAAGGGGGCCUAGAGGGAAGGGAAAGUGGUGGGAGAGCAACCUGCUUUUGAGGUUCUCUAGGUGUUGGGUACUAGAGCCUUCACUUUGGGAAGCCUGUCAGUUAGCUGGAGCUAUGACCCUUCAACUUUAUAAAUGAUGAUGUAACACAUUUCUACUGAAGAACUUUAAGACUGACAAAUGUUCACAGAAAGGGGCCAGAUAGCAACAUGGGUAUUCAUCAUGAGCUAAGUGGUUUCAACCUCUCUGCUCCACAGGUCAGGUUAGAAAUUCUAAACCUGUCAAUAAUUAAACAAUGGGGCGAAUACCAAGGAAAGCUUUGCUUCACAUGCAGCAACAGGACAGAGCUACAAGAAAACAAACUUUCUCUAGAAUAUAACUGAGAGCAGCCCCUUGAACUUCCUUCAUCCAAGCCAUACCUACAGGCCAAAGAUGUGCUUCUCAACCAACAGAAAAGAAUAGCAGAGAUGCCAUGGACGCAACCUUUUCCCAUAGGAAUGGACGUGUGAACGCACGAGAGGGUGAUGGAGCUGCAGUCAGCACUGGAUGCAGCGAAGAAGGGUAUAGAACAGCACCCAGGGAAGACAACUUUCUCCAUCCCUAUCCCUACCCAAAUUCUGGAUUUAUAGACACUCAGUAAUCACGAGUAACCUUAGCAAACUUCCCUGGACCCUUUCAAAUCAAGAAGAUGAAAUCUUCAACUUGUAAUUGAUCUUGUCUUUCAAUUGACAUUGCCUUGUGCAUCAUUUCAGUGAUGAACUCUAUGACAAGGUCUUCAAGAAUAUCUGCUGGCUCUGUUUUAUUGUAUGUUACUACUGUUCUGGUAACGCUGUGAGAUGAGAAAAUGCCCAUGUGAUGAGAUGAAGUGAGUGGAAUGACGUAGGCGCUGUGACAUACGUAGCCUUAGGCUCCUGCUGACCUGCUAAUGAAGGAGGAGCACCUGCUUUUGGACCACAGUUGACUGCAGUUAUGAAGGUGGAAGAAGAGAAGGCUGGGGUAGGGAAGCUGGACCCUGCUAACUACAGGAGGAGAUGUCAGGAUCAGGAAGACUGCCGUUCCAUCCACAUUGGGCUUUCAGUCCCCAGUUACCCUCAAAGGAAGAGGGACCACCAGGGACGUCUUCCGGGCCUGCAAAAGGUCUGCUGGGGCCUGCAGCCAGACAAACCACAGCAGGAGCUGACUGGCGUGGGCAGCAGGGGAAGCAGCAGGGACAGCAAUGUGGAUCAUGUCAGCAGGACCCGGUCUCCAGCUGCUGAGCAGCUCCAGGACAUCCUGGGGGAGGAAGAUGAGGCUCCCAACCCCACCCUCUUCACAGAGAUGGACACCCUGCAGCACGACGGAGACCAGAUGGAGUGGAAGGAGUCAGCCAGGUGGAUAAAGUUUGAAGAAAAGGUAGAGGAAGGAGGCGAACGCUGGAGCAAGCCCCACGUGUCCACGCUGUCGCUGCACAGCCUCUUCGAGCUGCGGACCUGCUUGCAGACAGGGACGGUGCUGCUGGAUUUGGACAGUGGCUCCUUACCACAGAUCAUAGAUGACGUCAUUGGGAAGCAAAUUGAGGACGGCCUCCUGCGACCCGAGCUCCGGGAGAGGGUCAGCUAUGUCCUCCUGAGGAAACACCGUCACCAAACCAAGAAGCCCAUCCACCGCUCCUUGGUUGACAUUGGAAAGUCUGUCUCCUCCACCACCAAUCGCAGCCCGGCCCGGAGCCCAGUGGCUGGUCCGAGCCUCCACCACUCCACCGAGGACCUGAGGAUGCGGCAAAGCGCCAGUUACGGCCGGCUCUGUCAUGCCCAGAGCAGAAGCAUGAAUGAUAUUUCUCGCACCCCAAACACAGACCAGCGGAAAAACAAAUUCAUGAAGAAGAUCCCCAAGGACUCAGAGGCCUCCAACGUGCUCGUGGGCGAGGUAGACUUCCUGGACCAGCCGUUCAUCGCCUUCGUGCGUCUCAUCCAGUCAGCCAUGCUGGGAGGAGUGACUGAGGUGCCUGUCCCCACCAGAUUUCUGUUCAUACUGCUUGGACCUUCUGGGAGAGCAAAAUCCUACAAUGAAAUUGGCCGUGCCAUAGCAACCCUCAUGGUAGACGAUCUCUUCAGUGACGUGGCCUAUAAAGCCCGGAAUCGGGAAGACCUGAUAGCAGGGAUUGAUGAGUUUCUGGAUGAGGUCAUCGUCCUUCCUCCUGGAGAAUGGGACCCAAAUAUCCGAAUUGAGCCCCCCAAGAAGGUGCCCUCUGCUGAUAAGAGGAAAUCCGUGUUCUCGCUGAUGGAGCUAGGCCAGAUGAAUGGCUCUGCAGGGGGAGGCGGCGGGGCGGCUGCAGGAGGCGGCGGCGGAGGCUCUGGCAGUGGCGGCGGGGCCGGCGGAGGGAGCAGCGGGGAUGACGGAGAGAUGCCAGCCAUGCACGAAAUCGGGGAAGAGCUUAUCUGGACGGGAAGGUUCUUCGGUGGCCUGUGUCUGGAUAUCAAGAGGAAGCUGCCCUGGUUCCCAAGUGACUUCUACGACGGCUUCCACAUCCAGUCCAUCUCUGCCAUCCUAUUCAUCUACCUCGGCUGCAUCACCAACGCAAUCACCUUUGGUGGGCUUCUGGGGGAUGCCACUGACAAUUACCAGGGAGUGAUGGAGAGUUUCCUGGGCACUGCCAUGGCCGGCUCCUUGUUCUGCCUCUUCUCGGGACAGCCUCUCAUCAUCCUCAGCAGCACGGGGCCCAUCCUCAUCUUUGAGAAGCUCCUCUUCGACUUCAGCAAAAGCAAUGGUCUGGACUACAUGGAGUUCCGCCUCUGGAUUGGCCUCCACUCGGCCAUCCAGUGCCUUAUCCUGGUGGCCACAGAUGCCAGCUUUAUCAUCAAGUAUAUCACCCGCUUCACAGAAGAGGGCUUCUCCACCCUUAUCAGCUUCAUCUUCAUCUAUGAUGCCAUCAAGAAGAUGAUUGGUGCCUUCAAGUACUACCCCAUCAAUAUGGACUUUAAGCCUGACGCCAUCACCACGUACAGAUGCGAGUGUGUUGCCCCCGACACAGCAAAUACAACCAUGUUCAAUGCUUCAGCCCUGCUGCCACCGAACACCAACACUUCUCUGUACAACCCCCUUAACCUCACAGCACUGGACUGGUCUCUGCUGAGCAAGAAGGAAUGUCUGAACUACGGUGGACAGCUGCUCGGGGAUUCCUGCCAGUUCAUCCCUGACCUGGCACUCAUGUCCUUCAUCCUUUUCUUUGGGACGUACUCCAUGACCCUGACCCUGAAGAAGUUCAAAUUCAGCCGCUAUUUCCCGACCAAGGUCCGGGCCCUGAUAGCCGACUUUUCCAUUAUUUUCUCCAUCCUGCUGUUCUGUGGAAUCGAUGCCUGCUUCGGCCUGGCGACCCCCAAGCUGCACGUGCCCAGUGUCAUCAAGCCCACACGGCCUGACCGAGGCUGGUUCGUGGCCCCCUUUGGGAAGAACCCAUGGUGGGUGUACCUGGCGAGCAUCCUGCCUGCCCUGCUGGUGACCAUCCUGAUCUUCAUGGACCAGCAGAUCACCGCCGUCAUAGUCAACCGGAAGGAGAACAAGCUGAGGAAGGCUGCUGGCUACCAUCUGGACCUGCUCUGGGUGGGCAUUCUCAUGGCCCUCUGCUCCUUCACGGGGCUCCCCUGGUAUGUGGCGGCCACUGUCAUCUCCAUCGCCCACAUCGACAGCCUCAAGAUGGAGACGGAGACCAGCGCCCCUGGGGAGCAGCCCCAGUUCCUGGGGGUCAGGGAACAAAGAGUGACCGGCACCAUUGUCUUCAUCCUGACGGGCAUCUCCGUCUUCCUGGCUCCUGUCCUGAAGUACAUCCCCAUGCCAGUGCUGUAUGGAGUCUUCCUCUACAUGGGCGUGGCCUCCCUGAAUGGCAUCCAGUUCUGGGAACGCUGCAAGCUCUUCCUCAUGCCGGCCAAGCACCAGCCGGACCACGCCUUCCUGCGGCACGUGCCCUUGCGCCGGAUCCACCUCUUCACACUGGUGCAGAUACUCUGCCUGGCGGUGCUCUGGAUCCUCAAGUCCACGAUGGCCGCCAUCAUCUUCCCCGUCAUGAUCCUAGGCCUCAUCAUCGUUCGAAGGCUUCUGGACCUCAUCUUCUCCCAGCAUGAUCUGGCCUGGAUUGACAACAUCCUUCCAGAGAAGGAGAAGAAGGAGACAGAUAAGAAGAAGAGAAGGAAAGGGGCCCAUGAGGACAGUGAUGAGGAGCCCCAGUUCCCUCCUCCCUCAGUUAUAAAGAUUCCCAUGGAAAGUGUCCAAUCAGAUCCCCAAAAUGGUAUCCACUGCAUUGCCAGAAAAAGAUCUUCCAGUUGGAGUUACUCAUUCUGAUUCUUCCUUCAGUGACUCAGAACUCGACCGGAGCAUCACAUUGCACUUCAAAAUUUCCUGUCCAGCUUCGCCUGCUUUCAACUAUUCACAGAGCCCAGUGUUCAUGGUGCCACAGGUGAAGAUAGAAAUGGAGUCAGACUGUGACUUUACAGAUGUGGACAGAUACGGAAGAGAAACUGACGGAGAGACCACCCUCUAGGACGCAGCUGCGCCCAGACAGGGCUUCAUCUUCACUGUGGGAGGACGUGGUUGCAUCUUCACUGUGAGGUCUGGGCCAGACCCGUAACUUCUCUGAGACAGUUUCCUUAUUUGCCAAACAGACGGAGUCAUUCCACUUGAUAGAAAACUGAUCUGUGGAUGAAAAGCACUACUUACAUGCAAAGCUGUCUCCUUCUUUCUGCAGUUAGGCAAACCAACAGAAACAUGAUACCUUAUUUUAAAAUGCAGUCCAGGAUAGAAAUUAUAAUGUUUCUUGAAAUGAAAACAAUGCUUGCCUCCCAAAAUAUAGCUAAGAUAAAGGGGGCAAUAAUAAAUUUUUAUUGAAACAAAUAUCUGUUAGUUUUUUUUUUUAAGCUUAGAUUUUAAAAUAUCUAGAUGGUCUUGAAAAAAACCAUUAAAACACUCAUACUUCAGUAGACCACAGCUGGAAAAUUUGUUUUGCAACUUGACAUAGUAAGAAAUGAGUACAAGGCCCUAUCUUCUCCCAUCUCGUGCAGCUUUCUGAGGCUCCUAUGGCAGGUCUGCGCCAUCUGCAUGCGCUGUGCACCCUGGGCCAGCACAGACAUGUGACUGCAGGUUCCCCAGACUGGAAAGCCAGUUCCCAAAGUCAGCUGGUGAAAGAACCAAUACAUGAGAGCGAGCAAAUGUUUGCAAAAUAAGAUUGUUCUUGUUCAAAUGAAACUUCCAACCACAUUACAUCAACAAAAUGAUCCUCUUUCUACCCUUGGGUAGGUCCUGCCUCCAGGUUUUCAAUGACCUUGCUCCCAAAGUUAAACUCCCAACCACAGGACCACUCCAUGUUAGGCAGUGCUAAUGUAAAAUAUUAGAUUAUAACUUUGCAGUAUUAGAUUAGUACUUUAAAGGAAUGAUUGGAAACAAGUUGGGUAGAUUAAUAACUCAUUAAUAUAAGAAGCAAACCCUGUCCUCAUGAAACUUACUAUCAGUCUGUCUUUAGUCCCCACUUAACAAACACCCACCUUGCUUGUUUAACACCUACUAUGUGCCUGACAGCCACAAUGCAGCUGACAUUUACUUUCUCCAGAACAACUAUGGAUUUGAAUCUCGAGGAAAUCACUUUGGUUAGUUACUACAUUUACUCACAAUGACCAAAGCAGGUGCUUUUUUUCUUCAUCCUUUUCUAUUUUUUAAAGACAAAUGACACUAGGGCACGAGGACAGCUAACUGCAUCUGCAAUCCUCAGAGCUUCAUACAGUGCCUGGUCCCUAGAAAACUGUACGUGUUCAUUCAGUUAAAUCUCAGCGCUCCCUCCAAGGGAUACUGCCAAGAGGUAAAGCUCUAAACCUCUCCCGUUAACUGCUCACUCACCCAGAACGAUCACCUGAAUUUAAGUAUAAAUUCUGUAUUUUCAGCUGCACCAAUCCUGGGGGAGCUAACAACCCUUAACAUUUCAGUUUUAAAACUUGGCUGAUUUCCAAUAGCACUUUGUCCAAAUUAAACUGUAGAAAUGUUAUGGAUUCCCGAGUAAAUGUGCUUGAUUAAUGAAACAAGUUGGAAACUACAAUGUUAAUUUUUUGUUAUUGUAAAUUGAUCACUGUAAUUUUCACCUUAUAUGUCAUUUAUAUUUUGUAUAUACAUGAACAUUUUAAUUUUGACAACUUUUAACAGGUGGACAUAUUGUUACUUCUCCGUGCACUAGGUCAGAAUUUCUUUCCACUUGUAACUGUAAUUCAAUAAAACUUAAUCCUGUCUGCUCAUCUUGCUCCAUGUUUAGUAAUUUUGGUCAAGUCAGCAAACAUGGGAUACGGACAUGAGCUAACCCUAACUUACAAAAAAAAACAUCUCCAGCGAACUAUUCUCUUUCAUCUCCAGGAAACUAUCCAAAGAAUAAAGGCUGCUGGCAGAAGAACAAGGAGAAGUCAGCUCCCCAUUGUUCUUUUCUUUCUACCUGAAGCAGGCUGGAGCAGGAGCAGAAGGAUCUGUCUGCUUGGAAGCCAAAAUACUCAGCGCUGGAAGAGAACAGAGAAUACACAGGGGCCUAUCCCAGCCUCAAAAUAUGCACAGCAAAUACCUUCCAAUCUGUCAAAUAAAACACACACAUUGAAAAAAUAAUUGUAUAGAGAGUGGGGCGCCUGAAGGGGUGGGGGUUGUCAGCAGGCACAUCAAGAAGUCCUUUGCAAAGCUAACAAUGUGUAAAUUCAACUGCAUGGUUUAGAAAACACCCAGAAUAAGCCUAACCACUUAAAUGAAUCUUACAGAUUAAGCUCCCAGCUUGGCACAGCCUGUUGGGACAUCAGACUGAAAAGACUAGACUGGUUUCUCCACAGCUGCGCUUUGUAUCAGUGUGUUUAAGGCACAGGAUUAGGUGUUACCAAAUAUAGGAAUA